CCGGGUCAUCAGGUACCGGAUCGUCUGGCUCGACAGCGGGCAUCGGAUCACCAGGCAUGACCGCGGGCACUGGGUCAUCAGGCAUUGGAUCGUCUGGCUCGACAGCGGGCAUCGGGUCACCAGGCAUGACAGCGGGCACUGUGUCAUCAGGCAUUGGAUUGUCUGGCUCGACAGCGGGCAUCGGGUCACCAGGUAUGACAGCGGGCACUGGGUCACCAGGCAUCAGGUCAUUUGGCUCGCCAGCGGGCACCGCGUCAUCUGGCAAGGUAGUGGGCACCGAGUCACCAGGCACGACAGUGGGCUCCGAGUCACCAGGCAUGACCGCGGACACUGGGUCAGACAUUGGAUCGUCUGGCUCGACAGCAGGCAUCGGGUCAUCAGGUACCGGAUCAUCUGGAUCGACAGCGGGCACCGGGUCAUCUGGCGUUGGAUCAUCUGGCUUGGCAGCGGGCAUCGGGUCACCAGGCAUGACAGCAGGCACUGGGUCAUCAGGUACCAGAUCGUCUGGAUGGACAGCGGGCACCGGGUCACCAGGCUGGAUCAGUUCAUCAGGCUGGGUACAGACAUCAGGCUGAAGUGCGGGUGCCGAGGCACCAGGC